CGUACCUUUCCCCUUCACAUCUCCUCUCUCCGUACGGCCUCUCUGGCGACUUAGAUUUUCAUCACCGACCAAAAGCAGCGGCGAGAGAAGAAUCUAUCGUCGGAACCCUAGUUCAAGCUGGUUCCCAAAUCUCUUCUGUUGCCGCGGUUUCUUUGCGAAGGACAGAAUCGUUUCGUGAUUUCACAUUCGAGGAUGAAAAGAGGAGCCUUUAAACGGAGGGCUCGGGAUCUCUCUGUUAUGCUCUUUGUGCUUGUUUGUGCAACUAUACUCAUAUGGACAUGGGAUAGAGCUCCGCUUCUUUCGGCCUUUCUCCCUCCCGAGGACAAUUUCAUAGAGCUUCAAGCAGAGAGGAAAGAUGAGAAAAUAUCUGGGGUAGUCGUUACCGAAACUAAGGAAAGCUACUCAUCAACUAGUCCUUUUGAUCACUACGAGGAUAGGACAGAACAUAAGGAUUCAGGAGAGGAAGAGAAACAAGUGGAACUCCAGGUCUCUGUAGAUGAGACAGACGAAGUAAAGAAAGUAACAACGGAUGAGAAACAAGUGGAAAACAAGUCUAUUGUAAGUGAGACCGAAGUUGGAAGCAGGCCAAAUACAGAAGAGAACUCAGAGCCAGAGAGUAAAAUUCAAGAGGAAGUAGAAACAAGGACUGCCCACUCGGAAACUAAGGAACCUGAUGAGAGCAAUUUACCGCACUCCAAAACUCAAGUAUCUGAUGUCGCUGGACUGAAUCACGGGUUGGUUGUACUGUUCUCAGCCUGUAAUUAUGCGAAAGGAAAGUGGGUUGUGGACGAUCGCCAUCCUUUGUAUUCCGGGUCUGGCUGCAAACAGUGGCUUGCACCAAUGUGGGCGUGCAGGUUGAUGCAACGUAAAGAUUUCGCCUUUGAGAAGCUUCGAUGGCAACCUAAAGACUGCGACAUGGAAGAAUUCGAAGGUUCCAAGUUUUUAAAAAGGAUGCAGAACAAAACCCUAGCUUUCGUAGGAGACUCGUUGGGAAGACAACAGUUUCAAUCGAUGAUGUGUAUGAUCACUGGAGGUGAGGAGAGACCCGACGUCAUGGAUGUUGGACCGGAAUUCGGGCUCAUUACCCCCGAGGGAGGAGGUCGUCCCGGCGGCUGGGCUUACCGGUUCCCGGAAACCAGCACAACGGUCCUCUACUACUGGUCGGCGACUCUCUGCGACAUAGAACCCCUCAAUGCCACUGAUCCAGCAACCGAAUACGCUAUGCAUCUCGAUCAUCCACCGGCGUUUUUACGCCAGUACCUUCACAAGAUCGACAUUUUGGUACUGAACACGGGCCACCACUGGAACCGAGGGAAGCUCAACGGAAACAGAUGGGUGAUGCACGUGGACGGAAUCCCGAACACCAACAAGAAGCUGGCUGCGCUCGGGAACGCGAAGAAUUUCACGAUUCACAGUAUCGUCCGCUGGGUAAACUCUCGGCUUCCACAUCAUCCGGGUUUGAAGGCAUUCUACAGGAGCAUUUCCCCGAGGCAUUUCUUCGGCGGGGAAUGGAACACGGGAGGAAGCUGCGAUAACACGACCCCGAUGUCUGUCGGGAAAGAAGUCCUACAAGACGAGUCGAGCGAUUACAGCGCCGGGCAUUCGGUGGUAGGGACCGGGGUUAAGCUUCUGGACAUAACGGCUAUGUCGCAAGUACGGGACGAGGGCCAUAUCUCGAGGUUUAGCCUGACAGCCGCCCCGGGAGUACAGGACUGCUUGCACUGGUGCUUGCCCGGUGUUCCUGAUACAUGGAACGAGAUCCUCUCUGCAAUGAUCUGAAAAAGUUUCUACCGCAGUAACUCGUAAACGGCCGAGGAGGAUUUCUUUUUUUUACGGAUGACAUCAAAUCUUGAAUCUUUUUACCUCAACAGAAGAAGGGCUUGGAGCUUUUUACCACGACCAGGCGUUAGUGCAAAAGUCUCCGAUUUUGGUACAGAGUUGAAGUUAUUUAUUGGGUUAUUCCCGAAGCUUAUGUUAACCAUAUUGUGUGGCCUUUCUCUUGAUGCGACCGACCAGACGACCAUGUGCCCUUAGGAAUUUUCUGUAACUCUUGAAACUACCAUGUGGCUUGAUUAUGUAUUUUUUUUUUUCAUCUAUGAAAAUUGCAGAGUUUAACUUUUAA